AUGGUGAUUUGCCUGUUAAGGUUUAGUAUCCUUUACCUUAUCUAUGAUUCAACUUUAACUCAUUAUAUGUUAAAUGAUUCUAUAUCCCAAACGGGAGACGAUGUAACCCCUUGCUCAAAUGUGUUUAAAGUUGGCUUUACAACAUCGUUUGAUCAGAAGGAUGCUGACUUUGAUACGAGCAGCGAGCGUGACUUGAAGCGCAAUUUGGAUACCCUGUAUGACGUGGAUGAUGUAUCUUCGCAGUCUUCGUCGAAGUCGCGUAAAGAUGGUGGUGUGGAUGCAGUUCUUCUAAUUCCAAAGAAAGAAAACUUUGUUACUCAAUUCUACGGAGAGGAUUGGGCCGAUAGGAAGAUGCGUAUAUAUCACUCAAGUGGGAAAAUUUGGGUCGUAAUGUUGAAACGAUUAAAACGUAUGCCAGUCUUAACUGACGGCUGGGAAACAAUUGUUUCAGAUCUCAAACUUCAGAAGGAUUGUCUCCUGACAUUUCGUCCCAUGAACCAUUUUGGUCUCUAUCUUUCAUCUUUUGUUAAUGGCGUCUGUGAGCAAUCUUAUUUCACGAUUAAUCGUCAUCUAAGAUUGGGUUUUACGAUCAUUGAAGAUUCAUUUGUUCAACAAUGUUUUGGAGACGAUGUAAUGGCUGGCUCAUAUGAAGUUAAUUAUAAGGGUUCUCCGUGGACGGUGUCAACAAGUAAGGUUAAUUCAAACUAUGUAUUCUCACAAGGUUGGACUCAACUUUGCAACGAUCUUGGCGUUCAGGAAGAUGAUUUAUUGGUUUUUGAAAAACUUAAUGAUGUUAUGUUUGAUUUAACGGUGUAUCGAGACGAGGUUGAGAUAAGGUUGAGCAAGAAGGACAUAGAGGUAGAUGAUAACCAGCCCACAUCUGUUAAAAGUCCAUCAGGAACAGUCCCGACAAGUACACCAAAGAAUGUUCAUGUUAAAGAGACGUUGAAAGUAGGUGAUGGUUUAUAUUUCACGACAACACAAGAUCUCAAAGGAAAGGGAAAAGGUAAACUUUCUGUCGACCGAUCCGUCACAGUUGAGAAUUUCAACAAACAAUGCAAAGGCCGAAAACGUUAUACAACAUCUGAUCAAACUGUCAAGCAUCCAAAGAAGGUUUCAAGGAAUGCAAACAAAGUUUCCCGUAUCUGCAUUGAUCCAGAAUAUUUCGACUUUAGCCGUAAAGCUGAAUAUAGGCUGCGGCUUCCGGUUGAGGUUGUUAAUAGAGCCGGCCUGUCUGAAAGAUUGCAACCUAUAUCUGUCCAGAACUUGAAUGGUGAUCUUGAAGUUUAUGACACAAAGACAGAGUUAAACAGUGCAAUGCCUAAACGACCAAAAAUUGUCUCCGUAUACAAUGACAUUGAUAAAGAAAACACUCAGCAUGCUGUCCUCCCAAUUGUUACUCGAGACGAGGCAUCUCAUAGAAGAAAAUUAAGAAAAUUAUACUUGGAUAAUAAGAAAUCAAAUGUGGGAACUACAUCGUCAUCCCUCAAUAUUGAUUCCACUAAUAUUAAUUCCACUUUCACUCCGUGUGUUACAUCUGAUAACAUAGUCAACAGAAUUGGUUUUCACAAUUUUGAAUCCACUCCUGAGGUGACUAAUAAUGUUAAUCCAAGUCCUUCAAGUAUUGUAACAAGUAACAUUAUUUGUAGUACCAGCAAUCGUACAACGAGAAAAAACGAUAUUGGGAAUAAUAUUUCAACUGGCAUCACAUCAACCACCUGCACAUCAUCAUUGAACCGUAAUUUGCAAAGGCUAUCAUCUGGGAAACGUAAGUUGGUAUCCAAAGCACGUAUUUCGUCUCCUAUACCAAUGAUCGACUUGACCACAGAUGAAACCGUAGAACGAGAUCCUUAUAAAGGUGUUUCUACAGAUUAUUUGGAUCACGGUGAUCAAGUUAUUACUUGUGAAGUUUGUUAUGCAAAGUUAUGGGACGCAGAGAAAGGAAGCGGAAGAAAAGAGGGUGGCAAAAUUAUGUCAUAUGUUAUGUUGUGCAAGCACUUUUUGAAGAACAUUCGACGUUACAAUUCUAUGUUCGCGUUUACCUCAAUGGGUGGUAAGGUUGACCAAACCGUGAAUACUGGUAAUGCUCCUUUUUGCUAUAGAAUUAGUGGUGAAAAUUACCAUUCUAUUGGUAGUCUUGUGCCACCAAACGGAGGGAAGCCUAAAUUUUGUCAGUUAUACAUAUACGAUACUGAAAAUGAGUUGGCAAACAGGUCUUCAGACAAUGUUUCCUCAUCAUCCACUUCAGAUGAAACUGAUAAUAAGCUGAUACAACAAAUCAAAGCAAUGUUUGAUGCCGAAAAUGUGCUUGUGAAAAUUUAUAGGAUGGUUAGAGAUUGCUUCCAACAAAAUCCAAAUACCACUUUAAAGCUUCGCCUAAUUGGCAAAAGAGAACAAGAUGGUCGGACUUAUAACUUACCUACUUCCUCAGAGGUUGCUGCUCUUAUUGUUGGAGAUAUCGAUAACGCACUUGAGAAAAGAGAUAUCGUUGUCGAGACACAAACAGGUUCAUUAAAAAGAAUAAGUGAAUUGCAUCCUUCCUAUCUUGCACUUCAGUAUCCUAUUUUGUUCCCAUAUGGAGACGACGGUUACAGAAUUGACAUACCACAUAGGGGUGUCAUUGAUGUUACUAACAAGAAACGUCCGAAUUGUACAAUGAGAGAGUUUUUUGCGUAUCGUGUACAAGAUCGUAGUAACCAGUUUUCAUUGAUUCUAAAUUCCCGACGGUUAUUCCAACAGUUUUUGGUUGAUGCUUAUACGAUGAUUGAGAGCGAGCGACUUAACUUUAUAAGAUUUCAGCAACAAGAUCUCAGGUCUGAUACAUAUGAGAAUAUCCGGAAACUAAGAUAUAACGGCAUACAAGAUUUGUCUAAGGUUGGAAAACGUAUUUUCCUUCCAUCUUCCUUUACAGGCGGGUCACGAUAUAUGAUGCAAAACUAUCUUGACGCAAUGGCAAUUUGUAAAUGGUAUGGUUAUCCAGACUUUUUUAUAACCAUUACCUGCAAUACCAAAUGGCCGGAGGUUCAAAGUUUUCUUAAGGACACAAAUCUUAAUCCGGAGGAUAGGCCUGAUAUUUUAUCUCGAAUUUUUAAAAUAAAGCUGGAUUCAAUUUGUAAAGAUUUGAAAGACCGUGAUUUGUUUGGAAAAGCUUCUGCUGUUGUUUACACUAUUGAGUUUCAGAAGCGAGGAUUGCCUCAUGCGCAUAUGUGCUUAUUCAUGGAGAAUGAUUACAAACUUCCAACUGUAGACUAUGUUGAUCAGUUUAUUUCUGCAAAAAUCCCUGAUUUAAACCAAGACCCGGAACUAUAUACGCUUGUGAAAGACCAUAUGAUUCACGGUCCAUGUGGUAAUGCUAGAAUGAGCUCUCCAUGUAUGGUUGAUAGAAAAUGUUCAAAAGGUUUUCCCAAGAAAUUUCAAGAUCACUCAACCUUGGAUUCUAACGGAUUUCCCUUAUACAGAAGAAGAGAUGACGGUUCCUUCGUUUUAAAAAAUAAAAUUCAGUUAGACAACAGAAGUGUUGUACCUUAUAACAAAAAGCUUUUGAAAAGAUAUCAGGCGCAUAUAAACGUUGAAUGGUGCAACCAAGCGGCGUCAAUAAAGUAUUUGUUCAAGUAUAUUAAUAAAGGUCCUGAUAGAGCAACAGUUGCUGUGGUUCCGAGCAAUAAUGAAAACGAGCAAGCAGAAAAUGAUGAAAUUAAAGAGUAUUAUGACUGUAGGUAUAUAUCUGCGUGUGAAGCCUCUUGGAGGAUUUUUUCUAAUGAAGUUAAUUAUAGGAGUCCUUCUGUUAUGCGUCUUCCUUUCCAUCUUCCUGGACAACAAACACUUGACAAGCGUAUAUGGGUUCCGAGAAUAAAAGGAAAAACAAUUGGAAGAAUUCAUUCCGUUUCUCCUUCUACCGGUGAAGCGUACUAUUUAAGAAUUCUUCUUAACAAAGUUAAAGGACCAACAUCGUUUGAUGAUAUUAAAACAGUUAAUGGUCGAGUGUACGAUACUUUUAGAGAUGUUUGCUAUGCGCUUGGUUUGUUGGAUGAUGACUCGGAGUACAUUGAGGCCAUCAAAGAAGCAAAUAUAUCAGGUAGUGCAGGUUAUAUUCGCAAUUUAUUCGCCACCAUGUUACUGUCAAGCACAUUAUCUAGACCUGAAGUUGUCUGGGAAAGCACAUGGAAGUAUAUGACAGAUGAUUUUCUGUACAGAUUCUCAAAGUAUCAUCGUGUUUCAGGUUUAUCAAUUCCUGAUGAGCAACUAAAGAACUAUGUUUUAUGCGAAAUCGAGAAGUUUUUAACUCGGAAUAAUUCAUCGCUUCGGAGAUUUUUAUCAAUGCCUUACCCGGAUACUUCAUCUUUAGAUAACUUUCGCUGCCGAUUGAUUAACGAAGAGCUUGCUUAUGACAGAUCAGAGUUACAAAAUGUUUAUCAAGGUCAGGUGAAUUUGUUAACGGAUGAACAACGUGCAGUAUAUGAAGAAAUUAUGAACGCAGUUCAUGGAGACAAUGGAGGAGUAUUUUUUGUUUACGGUUAUGGCGGGACCGGUAAAACAUUUUUAUGGAAAACAUUGUCUGCUGCAAUUAGGUCAAAAGGUGAGAUUGUAUUAAACGUUGCAUCUAGCGGAAUUGCAUCAUUGCUGUUGGAGGGAGGAAGAACGGCUCAUUCUAGGUUUCAUAUACCUUUGAAUCUUAAUGAGGAUUCCGUUUGUCAUAUAAAACCAGACGAUGAUGUAGCUAAAUUACUACAGCAGACCAAACUCAUUAUAUGGGAUGAAGCUCCUAUGGUUCAUAAACAUGCAUUUGAGGCUUUGGAUAGAACUAUGCAUGACAUUUUCAAUAUAUCUAAUCCAUCCAGGUCUGAUGUUUUAUUUGGAGGAAAGGUAAUUGUAUUUGGUGGUGAUUUUAGGCAAAUACUACCUGUUGUUCCAAACGGUGGACGUCAAGAAAUUGUGAAUGCCUCAUUAUGUUCUUCUUAUUUGUGGAGUAAGUGUAAGUUGUUGACGUUAUCUAGAAACAUGAGGUUAACUGUUGGAAGACCAUCAUCUGAAGUUGAAGAGAUCAGUAAUUUUGCAAAAUGGUUGUUGGACGUUGGUGAGGGAAAUAUUGGUGGUUCCAAUGAUGGAGAAGCAAUAAUUGAAAUACCACCUGAGCUUUUAAUUGAUAGCAUAUCUGAUCCAAUUUCUAGCCUGAUUGAUUUUGUUUAUCCGUCAAUUUUGGAGAAUUACAAUGAUCGUAAUUACUUUAGUACAAAAGCUAUACUUGCGCCUAAGAAUGAGGUUAUUCACGAGAUUAACGACAGAUUGUUGGCAGUAUUCCCUGGUGAAGAAAAAGAGUAUCUUAGUUCUGACAGUCUAUGCCCUACUGAAGAUGGCAAUGUUGAUCAGCAAAAAAUAUACUCCCCCGACGUGCUCAAUGGUCUCAAAGUGUCUGGCUUACCAAAUCAUAGGUUAGUGCUUAAAGUUGGUGUUCCAGUAAUGUUGUUGCGAAAUAUUGACCAACGAAAUGGUUUGUGUAACGGUACAAGGUUAAAGGUCACAAAACUUUACAGUCGUGUUAUUGAAGCUGAGAUAAUUUCUGGUGGUAAUAUUGGUUCUCGGACAUUCAUACCUAGAAUGAAUUUGGUACCUUCGGACCGAAAGAUUCCUUUUGCAUUUCAAAGGAGGCAAUUUCCAAUAACUGUAUGUUUUGCAAUGACGAUUAACAAAAGCCAGGGACAAUCGCUAUCUAAGGUUGGGUUGUACCUAAGACAACCAGUUUUCACACAUGGUCAAUUGUACGUAGCUUUAUCCAGGGUUACAAGACGAGAUGGAAUCAAGUUACUAAUACUUGACAAUGAUGGCAGGCCUACAAAUAAAACAACCAAUGUUGUAUAUAAAGAGAUAUUCAAUGGAUUGUGA